AUGGGAUUGUACACCAAACUUCCAGUCGCGAUCCAGGAGGUCGACAUAAUCAUUGCGGGAGGCGGCACUGCUGGUUGCGUUGUUGCUUCACGACUGGCUGAUGCUGAUCCAGAACUGUCAAUCCUGGUUGUCGAAAGCGGCCCAAAUAAUGAAACGCCCACCAUCCAGUAUCCUGCACUCUUCCUGGAAAACCUUGCCCCUGGCAGCAAGGCAGUACAAUUCCAUGAGACCAAGAAAUCCGUCCACGUAGCGGAUAGAGUGCUCCCUUUGCCAACGGGUAGUGUACUCGGAGGUGGGUCAUCGAUCAACUUGAUGAUGUACAGCCGCGCACACCCAUGUGACUGGGACUCAUGGGGAACACCGGGUUGGACGGCCAAAGAGAUUUUACCAUAUCUAAAAAAGCCUGAGACAUUCCACGGUGAGGAUGCAAAAGGCAUCCACGGAAACGACGGCCCAAUCCACGUGUCACGUGGCACCUAUGGCUCAGAACGCGUCCAAGAUGAAUACAUUGCAGCAGCCGAGAAGAUGGGAUGGCGUGAGGUUGAAGACCAGCAAUCUGUCAACGCUCUAUGGAGGGCGAAUCGGUUCAUCUCGCCAAGCGGUAGGCGCCAAGACGCAGCGACAUGCUACCUACAUCCUCGACUCCGCGACGGAAAGCAUCCCAACCUACAUGUGCUUGUUGAGACACAGGUUACGCGGGUUUUGAUUGACGACCAGAAGCGAGCUGUUGGAGUUGAAGUCAGGCCUAAUCCAUUAUUCCACAAAGGCGAGGAUGGUGCAUUAACUUCCAGAAUCAAGGCAAGAAGACUCGUUGUUGCAUCUUCGGGAGCUCUGUGCACUCCGUCUCUUCUAGAGCGUUCUGGUGUUGGGUCGAAGAAAAUCCUCGAGCAAGCAACUAUUGAAGUAGUUGUUGACCUUCCAGGCGUCGGUAGAGGGUAUGAGGAUCAUCACAUCUUAGUCUACCCAUACCUAAACACUUUGGAUCCAACCGAUACGCUUGAUGCACUGGUUUUUGGGCGUAUGGGCAGUUUUGAGAACCUUAUAAAGAGCAAUCACAGAAUACUCGGGUGGAAUGCUCAAGAAAUACAGACUAAAGUCCGCCCUAGCGACGAAGAGGUUCAAGCCCUUGGACCUGAAUUCCAGCAAGCAUGGGACAAGGAGUUCAAGAACUUCCCGGAUAAACCUCUCGCAAUCAUCUCCGUACUUGUCGGGUUUCCAGGAGACCCCAGCCUUGCCACAGGCGACCCCUGCCUCGCUACCACAUGCUUCACCCUCUACCCGUUUUCUCGUGGGGAUGUCCACAUUACAGGUCCGAAGCUGGGAGACCCAGUUGAUUUUGAGACUGGCUUCUUUACAGAUGAAGGGCAGCUCGAUGUUAAGAAGCAUGUUUGGUUAUAUAAGAAGCAACGAGAGGUAAUUCGGCGCAUGCCAUCGUACCGAGGUGAAAUGGCUCAGUGCCACCCUCCCUUUCCGGCUGAGUCUGGCGCAGCGUGUACGAAGCUUACCGACGGGCCACUUGCUGCCGACAUAGCGGAUAUAGUUUACUCAGCAGCUGACGACAUGGUGAUUGAGAAAUGGCUUCGCGAAAACGUGAACACGACAUGGCACUCGCUCGGCACGUGCAAAAUGCGAGCUCGUGAUCAGUUGGGAGUCGUCGAUGGAAAUCUCAAUGUAUAUGGAGUCCAAGGCCUGAAGAUUGCUGACCUGAGCAUUGCUCCGCAUAAUGUGGCUGCGAACACCAACCACACAGCGUUGGUUAUUGGGGAGAAGGCGGCUGAUAUUUUCAUCGAAGAGUUGAGGCUUGGAUCGAUUUAG